AUGGCCGACUUUGGCGCCCAGGCGCUCAUCAUGGCGGCUCUGCACGAGCUGUUUCCCGGGGACGGCUACGUGGGCGAGGAGGACGCAGAGACGCUGCGCAAGGAUGAUGCGCUGGCGAAGACGGUGUUUGAGCUUGUGCGGGAGAUUGGGGACGAGUUUGCCAAGCAUGAGGCGGUUAAUGCUGAUGAGGAUCUGGGCGUGAGGAGCUUGCCGGGCGUCAAGUCGCAGGCUGAGAUGCUGGAUUUGUUGGAUUUGGCUGGGCGGGGGACGCCGGGGCAUAAGGGGAGGUAUUGGGUCAUGGAUCCUGUUGAUGGCACGGCUACGUUUCUCAAGGGCCAGCAGUACGCCAUCUCGCUGGCGCUGGUGGAGGACGGCAAGGAAGUGCUGAGCGUCGUGUGCUAUCCGAACCUCAGCCUCGACGACGGCGUGGUGGCCGAGACGGGCGUGGACACUUCCGGCUGCGGCGUCAUGCUGUCGACCAUCCGCGGCGAGGGCACCGAGUACCGCAAGCUGUCGACGGAGUACUCCCUCGGGCCAUCCAGAAAGCUAGACCGCUUCCCUACGCCGAAGAGUCUCUCUUCCCUGCGCCUCGUGGACUGUCUGGCCAGCAAGUCGUCUCGUCUGGACAUUGCCGAGGCUCUAGCGAAACAACUCGGUGCGCUGCCCUUCCCCGGCAUCGAUCUGUGGUCUUCGCACGUGCGGUACGGAGCGCUGAUGCUCGGCGAGGGAGAGGACGGGAAGCACAUCAUGAUUCGCGUGCCCGUUGGUGCUCGCGGCGAUCCUUCUCGUGCGUACGUCUGGGAUCAUGCCGGCUCGCAGCUGCUUUACACGGAGAUGGGCGGUAAAGUGACGGAUUUGGAGGGCAAGGACAUUGAUUUCGGGGCGGGCAGGACGUUGGCGGCUAAUUGGGGGCUUGUGGCUGCCCCGGAGAGUGUUCACGGGGAGAUUUUGAGAUUGGUUAGGGAGUUGAUUGCCAAGGAUUCAAACUAA